AUGCUGCUGUUUCCAGGCAACACCUCGGAGUCAGCCCCACAUCACUCCAACCCUCCACUUGUAUCCUCCUGCUUCUUCCCAGAACUCCUGCUCCUCCUGCUCCUCUCGUUCCGUCCAGAUACAACCGGUUGUCAACGAGACACCAGAUGGAUGUGGAAGAUGGGGUGUGAGGUAGCCAUGGCGACUGAGAACCCACUCAGCGUCCUCCUUUCGACCGAGAUGAACACGGAGGGAGAUUUGGGAUGA